UUCUCCCAGAUAGUGUCAACUUGAUCGGGGAGGGCUGUGGUUGCGUGCUCAGCCCCAGGAUAGUAAGGGUGACUUCCCAGCUUUUGGUGACAGCCUAACACUUCGGGGCCCUGGGCCGGUUGGAUUCUUUGUUUCGUCUCUCGGCUUUAGCUUUACAUAGGGAAUCCGCCCGAGCUUGUGGUGGCUACAGUUGGCGUUGGGGCUUAGACUAGGGACGUUGCCGGGAAGUUGUAGAAGGGACGACUCUUCCCCAUCCCGCCACCUGACAGGUCACAAACAUGUCGGACAAAAGUGAAUUAAAGGCUGAAUUGGAACGUAAGAAACAGCGAUUGGCCCAAAUCAGAGAGGAAAAGAAGAGAAAAGAAGAAGAAAGGAAAAAAAAAGAAACUGAUCAGAAAAAGGAAGCUGUUGCUCCUGUGCAAGAAGAAUCAGAUCUUGAAAAGAAAAGAAGAGAAGCUGAAGCAUUGCUUCAAAGCAUGGGGCUAACUACAGAACCCCCCAUUGUUUUUUCUGAAUACUGGGUCCCUCCUCCUAUGUCUCCAUCUUCCAAGUCUGUGAGUACGCCAAGUGAAGCUGGAAGCCAAGACUCUGGAGAUGGUGCCGUGGGAUCUAGACGAGGACCUAUUAAACUUGGAAUGGCCAAAAUUACGCAAGUUGACUUUCCUCCUCGAGAAAUUGUCACAUAUACUAAGGAAACUCAGACUCCAGUUAUGGCUCAACCCAAAGAAGAUGAAGAGGAAGAUGAUGAUGUAGUGACUCCUAAACCACCUAUUGAACCUGAAGAAGAGAAAGUUUUAAAAAAAGAUGAAGAAAAUGAAAGUAAAGCUCCGCCUCAUGAGCUGACUGAAGAAGAAAAGCAACAAAUCUUACACUCAGAGGAAUUUUUAAGUUUCUUUGACCAUUCUACAAGAAUUGUAGAAAGAGCUCUUUCUGAACAGAUUAACAUCUUCUUUGACUAUAGUGGGAGAGAUCUGGAAGACAAAGAAGGAGAGAUUCAAGCAGGUGCUAAACUAUCAUUAAACCGGCAAUUUUUUGAUGAACGUUGGUCAAAGCAUCGGGUUGUUAGUUGUUUGGAUUGGUCAUCUCAGUAUCCCGAGUUACUUGUGGCUUCCUAUAAUAACAAUGAAGAUGCUCCUCAUGAACCUGAUGGUGUUGCCCUUGUAUGGAAUAUGAAAUACAAAAAAACUACUCCAGAGUAUGUGUUCCACUGCCAGUCAGCUGUGAUGUCUGCUACAUUUGCAAAAUUUCAUCCAAAUCUUGUUGUUGGUGGUACAUAUUCAGGCCAAAUUGUGCUUUGGGAUAACCGUAGCAAUAAAAGAACACCAGUGCAGAGAACUCCACUGUCAGCUGCUGCACACACACAUCCUGUCUAUUGUGUAAAUGUCGUUGGAACACAAAAUGCUCACAAUCUGAUCAGCAUCUCCACUGAUGGAAAAAUAUGUUCAUGGAGUCUGGACAUGCUUUCCCACCCACAGGAUAGCAUGGAGUUGGUUCACAAACAGUCAAAGGCAGUAGCUGUGACAUCUAUGUCUUUCCCUGUUGGAGAUGUCAACAACUUUGUUGUUGGGAGUGAAGAAGGUUCUGUGUACACAGCAUGCCGCCAUGGCAGCAAAGCUGGAAUUAGUGAGAUGUUUGAGGGACAUCAAGGACCAAUCACUGGCAUCCAUUGUCAUGCAGCUGUUGGAGCAGUAGACUUCUCACAUCUUUUUGUCACUUCAUCAUUUGACUGGACAGUAAAACUUUGGACAACUAAGAAUAACAAGCCUUUAUACUCAUUUGAAGAUAAUUCAGACUACGUUUAUGAUGUUAUGUGGUCACCCACCCACCCAGCCCUGUUUGCCUGUGUUGAUGGCAUGGGGAGAUUGGAUUUGUGGAAUCUCAAUAAUGAUACAGAGGUACCAACUGCCAGCAUUUCUGUGGAGGGUAAUCCUGCUCUUAAUCGUGUAAGAUGGACCCAUUCUGGAAGAGAGAUUGCCGUGGGUGAUUCUGAAGGACAGAUUGUUAUAUAUGAUGUGGGAGAGCAGAUUGCCGUUCCCCGCAAUGAUGAAUGGGCACGAUUCGGCCGAACACUCGCAGAAAUUAAUGCAAACCGAGCUGAUGCAGAAGAGGAAGCAGCUACCCGAAUACCUGCUUAGUUCCUAAAAAGAGGAGUAUAGCCUUUAGUGGACUGGGGGAAGGCUCUACAGUAGAUCCUAAGACUAUUUGCAUGCUUUUGUCUAAAUGAUAAUUAAAGAGAAAUUUCAUGGAUUAAACUGUUGAUUUAAUGCAGCAAGCAAAUCUUACAGUGCCCCUUUUAUAUUAACAUGCAUUUUUUUUUAUUUGUCAUUUUUAAUACAGCUGACUGACUUUACAGAACACAGGGAUAUAUUUAAUACUAUUCUUUUGAAUUCUUUUCGAUUUAUAACACUAUAUACAGUUAUUUCUAAAGCACAGAUUAAAUAAGUUCUGCAUAUUUUAAAUAAUCACAAUUCCCUGUUAAACUUGUAAUGUUCUCACUAGUCAUAAUAUAAACAUUAUUUCUUCUUAGUUGCAGCAUGCAUACACCUAUCCAAGUUGCAUUCUAACAUCCUUUCUCUUUAUAGUUCAUGUGGUAGUUACCCAUAAAUAAAAGCAAAUAUGUGCUAACUUUUCAUUUUCACUCCUUGCAAUUUUAAUUUUUCCAUCACUUUGUAGUCUUUAAUAUAUACAUAUAUAUUCUUUAAUCCCCUGCUGUGUAUGUAUAUUUAUAUACAUAUAUAUGUAUAUAAAUAUGUAUAUAAAUAUACAUACACACACACACACAUCUCUUAAUCCUGUAAAGCUUUGUGCCUUAAAUAUGCCAUACAGGACAUUAUAGAUCUCCCCGUGCAUUAAGAAUGGAUGUCUGUAUAAUCUGUCAGUGAAAAAUUUCCCCUAGUUUAACUUUUGUGCUGUUCUUUCUAUCUAUAUUUACUUUAAAGAAUAAAUGGAGUAGCUGGAGUUGUGGCUCAGUGUGAGGCCCUGGGUUCAAUCUUAAUACCACAUAUAAAUAAACAAAACAGAAAAAAAGUCCAUUAACAACUAAAAAAUAUUUUUUAAGAAAAGAAUAAAUGGAAAUCUCUUAUUAUUUUCACUGA